AUGCGUGAUGCUGACUGUUGUCAGCUCUUGUUCUGCUGCUGUUCUUGUUUUUUAUGGUGUGGAAACAGCUACUUCCCAUUCUGUUGUCGGUGUAAAAAACGUACGGAAGACGAUGACGAUAUGAUGUCCACGAGGGAAGCCGAUUUAUUCAAACAUGACACCCACGCGGUGCAAUCGACGGUGGACACACCACCACCGGGGACCUACCGCAUGUCAAUAGAAAGACCGCGAGAGGGGACGACAGGAGAGCAGAAGAAUCUUACACCUUCGGACUCUAUGGAAAACUCAAGAAAUGCCCAGAGUGGCGACCGAUACUCGAACUAUAGGAGCAGACCCCUCGAAACAAAGAAUGACUUGCCAGCAGCUUUGCGGCCUGGCGUCGCCGCCAAUGCAGUACAGGGGCGGGAACAUAAUCUGCCGGCAUCGGCACCGCCGCAGUACUAG